AUGGGGUCAUCAACGUCACUCGCUAGGAUUGGCUCAUUUUCCUCACCCUAUAUCAUUCAUCUGGUGAGUAGUGGAACAAAACAUGCAAAAGAAAACAUCUUUAAACCCAAAGAAAACAUGAUUUGUUUUUUCUAUGAGAUAGCUAUUGUCUCAAAUAGUGUUUAAGCUGGGUAUCAAAAGACUUUUGUGGUUUAAAUACCGUUUUAAAACAACGGAUGAAUAAAUGAAAACAUGGUGAAAUAUAAGGGAAAAUGGUGUAAUAGAUAGUGAGCCUUAGAUUGUUAAAUUAAAGCAAGUACUUGAAGGACUUUGGAUAACUUAGUAACCGUUACCCCUGGCUUUUUUCAAUUACCUCCUCUCCCAAAACAGCUUUUUUCAAAGUAUCAUUUUUAGUUAUCAGUGCGCCAUGAUAAGGAGCUUAAAAUAGUGCCUGUCCAACGAUCGAGCGUUGCGCAGACUCGAGGAGCACACAAAAAACGGGUAAAUAUUGGCUGUCCUGAAUAAAAUUUUUUUCGAAAUUGUCCUUCUUCCCACAGCGCCUCGUGCAUCCACUCCUGCCGUAUGCAAUUAUGGGAGGUAAUGCGUUACUGGCGGGUCUGCUGUGCAUGACACUACCCGAGACAAAGGGAAUGCCAACCGCUGAAACCAUGGACUCGGAAGAGGAUGCAAAAGAAUCUAUAGAAUUGCAGGUAUGGGAACAUCUACAAGAUCAAGACUUAAUUUCCUUCGUUUUUGGAUAUGGUAAUGUAUGAUAAUCAGUUCGGAACAAAGGAAGGAAAAUUUGCACCGGGGAAAAAAUUGAAUAAUAAAAUGUAUAACCCUUUUUUCUAACGCGAAGUCAGUAUUGGUGAAGUGCACUAUAUAGUGUUUUCACAUGACGUCAAGGCGGCCGUAUUGGUGUCCAAACAAAUCCUGUGGGAGAUGAACUCUUUAAAAGUUUAAAACAUUGGUUUUCAUGUCACUAAAGCCCAGUUAGCAAACUGCAGUUCCUUAUACGGUUUGAUAUCAAUAUGAAUCUCAGCAGGUCUUUUUUAGAGGUGUUACUUCGAAACUUAAGUCCUACAUUCUAUCUUUAUCAUAUCACCACAUGUACAACGAACCAACGACAUCUCUUCCCGUUGCAGGGAACUUUUAGCAAAAAAGAUGCCGAGGAAAUGAAAGAAAUGCUCAUGGAUGAUGCAGAGAAGUAG